GUGGCCACAGGAUGACAUGAGCGACUCCUUGCGGAUGGAGGCAGGACUGACCUCAGAACUACGAAACAUCACAGGAGAUGAGACUAUGAAGGUCUGGGACUUCGGAGUCUACGAGAACACUACUCAAGAACCGGUACCAAGGGAGUUCUUCAACUUCAGCACUUUUGUAGACAACUUCAAGAAAAAUAGAGAGAGGUACAUCAACGUCACCAUGCUGGAGGGGAAUAUCGGUUACGUGUCCAUUAGGUCUAUGUCACAUAUCGUUGACAUCAUCUUACCGGAUCCGGAAAUGACGGAGUUCUUCCUCAGCAAGAUGGCGGCACUGAAUGAGUCAAAGGCUAUCAUAUUGGACCUUCGCUACAAUCUGGGCGGAGAUAGAGAAGGUGUGGUCCACUGGGCAUCCUUCUUCUUCAACGCCACCCCAUCCGUGCCGCUGUCGGACGUGUACUACAGAGACGGCGUCAACCAGUACUGGACAUUACUGGAGGUUCCAGGGGGUAUCAGAUUUCCCGACAUGCCCCUGUACCUGCUGACGAGUAACCGGACCAGCAGGGAAGCGGAGGAGUUCGCCUACGCCAUGCAGGUGGUCAACAGGACAACCAUCAUCGGGGAAACUACGGCCGGUGAGGAGUUUACAGGAAUGUGGUUCCCGAUCGACCAGACGGACGUUCACCUCCUGACCCGGACUAACGUAGUGAGAAACCCUAUUACCCAGGACAGCUGGAGCGGCAAAGGUGUUACACCAGACAUCAUCGUACCAAGCGAAAAAGCCCUAACUGUGGCCCUGCGGAAAAUACGUGGGAGCGAGGACACCAAGAUGGCCGCCAGUUCCGGGAAUAUAGAACCUCCCAGAUGGACUGUCUAUCUGGUAUUUAUUUGUACAUCGAUAGCCAUUCUCACAUACCCAACCUUCAUGUAAUAUGUGACAAAACUGCAAUGAUUUGAAGCAAACACUAUAUUAGAAGGCCUGGAAAGAUUACAGAUGAUGUAAUCAAGAGAAUUAGUUGAUUGUUCGACAGACAAGAAAAGGUCGCAAACUGUUUAGAGAUGUACAGUUUGAUUUCUAAUAUUCCGCCACCAUUUUAUGCAAUGGUGGGUAUUAGGGGUGGGUACCGGUACAGAAAAUUCAGGUCCAGGUCCGGUUCAGGUCCAAAGGAUCAGGUCCGGACCUGAACCUGGACCUGAUGCAGUAUGACUC